AUGACAGACACCAAAACAAAUUCUACAUCAAAGAGAUUGGCAGUUGUUACAGGAGCUAAUAAGGGGAUUGGAUUGGAGAUAUGUCGCCAGUUAGCCUCCAAUGGUGUAGCAGUGGUUUUGACAGCCAGAGAUGAGAAGAGGGGUGUUGAAGCUGUUGAGAAGCUCAAAGGGUCUGGACUAUCUGAUGUGGUUUUUCAUCAGCUGGAUGUGAAUGACCCUGCUAGUAUUGCUUCCCUUGCUCAUUUCAUCAAAACUCAGUUUGGAAAGCUUGAUAUCUUGGUGAACAACGCUGCUUUCUUUGGAAUCAAACCAGAUGAUGAUACCUAUGGAGCCCUAAUGGCAGUGGAUGGUUCAUCAGAAGUAAAGCUAGCUAAAUUUUGGCAACUGGCAAGGCAAACUUAUGAGACGGUUGAAGAAUGUCUAGUAGUGAACUACUAUGGCACCAAAAGAGUCACUGAAGCACUUCUUCCUAUCCUUCAGCUAUCUGAUUCGCCGAGAAUUGUAAUUGUUUCUUCCUCUGCAGGGAAGCUCCAGAACAUCUCACACACUUGGGCCAAGGAAGUGCUAAGUGAUAUUGAUGGCCUCACAGAAGAGAGAGUGGAUGAGACAGUGAACAAGUUUCUGAAGGAUUUCAAGGUGGGUUUAAUGGAGACUCAAGGCUGGUCAGCCUAUAAUAUGUCCAAAGCAGCUUUGAAUGCCUACACAAGGAUUCUAUCAAAAAAGUUUCCCAAAUACCGAAUAAAUUGUGUCUGCCCAGGUUAUGUCAAAACUGACUUCAACUACAACACAGGGAAUUUCACUGUUGAAGAAGGUGCAGCAGGUCCUGUAAAGUUGGCUUUGUUGCCUGAUGAUGGUCCUUCUGGGCUAUUCUUUUUCCAGAAGGAAGUGACUUCCUUUUGAUU